AUUUGAGCUAGUCAGGCAAGUAACCAUUUUGCCGUCAUCCAACGCACAUGUAGCUUUUAACCGAGUGACCUCAGAUUGUCGCAGGACCAAUGCUCCCCUCUUGGGUCCAACGCAAUAAUUCCACGAUAAAACAUUAAAAUACUGAUUUGCCCUUCCACCAAUUGAGGUACAUUUUAAAUUAGCUAAACACACCGGCUGGUAAGCGGCGCGAGAGCAGUUUUCCAUGGCUGGAAUCGAAGAGCUAUCACCGGCUGCGGGCCCAGUCGAGACCCGUCCCCCAGAAGGCGAGAUUGAUGAAGAUGAAGAUGAAGAGUAACUUCCUCGUGUCUCCGUUCCCUCAGCUGGAUGAGACUAUUAUGGAGAGGCUGUGGGGUUUGACUGAGAUGUUCCCUGAUACACUGCGCUCUGCGGCUGAGGUGACCGCAUCGGGCUCAGUCACUGUGGCCAAGAAGCUGUUCAGUUUCUCCCGCGCUGCCCUGUGGGUGGGCACUACCUCGUUCAUGAUCCUGGUCCUUCCGGUGGUGUUUGAGACUGAGAGACUACAGCUGGAGCAGCAGCAGCUACAGCAGCAGAGACAGAUCCUGUUGGGCCCCAAUGCAGGGAUGUCAGGUGGGAUGCCAGGGCUGAUGCCUCCCGCUCCAGUGAAAAUGUGACCGAUGUCGCUCCGACAGCCUUAGCGCUUCAACCAAUGAGGGAGAGUGGAGGCUUGGAAAGAGAGAGAGAGAGAGACAAAGAAGAGGAUACAAAGCUGCAUCUGGUCAGCACAUGUGCUCCUUCCAACAUCCAGGAUUGGCCAUUUAAGGAGAUUAGAGGAUGUUGCAAUAACGAAUGUCCCGUUCGCUGUCUCUCUUACUCGAUAUCCUGCAGAGACUUCUGCACACUGUCUUCUGAGCACUGUUUUUACUUAAUUUCUUUUUUUAUACAUAGCGAUAUAAAUAUGUAUGUGUUCCAGGCGAUUUGGAUCAGGUGGAUAAUUGAAGAAAUUGGGAUAUUAUUGUGGUUAUAAGAAGUUACCAAUAGUGUGUGUGUGGUCUGAAUAUAAUUGUUUUCAUGUGGGUCUGUAGCUACAUAUGGCCUUAACUGUUGUAUCCUGUGUUUGGUUUGGGAACGUGUUCAUUCCACUUGUAUGUGGGAAAAUCAUGGUAGACAUGACUGACAUCAUAGAUCUGUCAUAUUCACAAUCACAGCUGGUCAUUGAGAUCUAUAGUGUCUGCUGGUUUUGCAAAAGCAUUGGUGAUAAGAGUAUGUAUGUCAUGUGUCGCUUGAGACAUUGUUUCAUUUGUGGGCAUUAAAGCCGUAAAAAAAUUCAUCACAAAAAGUAUAUUUUGAUAAGAUUCAAACAGCACUUUCCCUGCAUACUGUAUAACUCUAAAGAUAUUAUGUCAAUGUACACAUAGUCCUGUCAAGCCAGAGAGAAUGUCAGUUACUUUUUUCUAUUGUCACUUUGGAAUGUAUGUUCUCUUAACUUUGCAACGAGCAAAUUCUGUCUUGUGUGUUCAACCUGACUGCAGGAAUAAAAACACCAAUGAAAUGGACAUUACAAAAAAA